GACAGCCAUUACUGAGGAUAUCAGUCGAAAGGAACAAGGCACAGGAUAAAACGAGUCAUGGCUGUGACUUCUGGUGUUCUCACCAUCAAACCCACCUCUGGGACCCCUUACCAAUUGAAUAAUGACCAGGUUACUCGGGCUUCAUCCGCGCUUCUCCGGCAUAUAAAAGCGGAGGAGGAAAAGAAGGCUCUGGAAUCGACGAAGAAGGACCUCCUGGCUAAUAACGACGAUGAAGACGACGACGACGCCGAAGACUCGGCAGAUGCUACUCCAGUCUGGCUCGUCGUCACCACCAAAAAACAUAUCGUGGACAAAAACCGAUUAAAACCAGGCAAAAUCCCUGUCCCGCACUCCCUGAACACCUCCCCUUCUCUCAGUGUCUGCCUCAUAACAGCCGAUCCACAACGCGCGGUGAAGGAUGUAAUUGCCGACCCUCAAUUCCCAGCAACCUUGUCGUCGCGCAUUACGAAAGUCAUCGGCUACACUAAACUCAAGACUAAAUAUAAGAGCUUCGAGAGUCGACGACGGCUUCUAUCGGAGCAUGAUGUCUUUUUGGCUGAUGAUCGGAUUAUUAUGAGGUUGGUGGAGACCCUCGGAAAGAUAUUUUACAAAUCCAGCAAGCGUCCGGUCCCGAUUCGCAUUGCGGAAGUGCAGAAGGUUGGAGGUAAAAGAGUGAAGAAGGAAGAUAGGAAGAGACCACCAACCGAUGAGAAGUAUUCUGCUGUGGCAUCUCCGGCUGUCGUUGCAAAGGAGAUCGAGAAGACUCUGGCCAGUGUCCCUGUACAUUUGGCGUCUGCCGCUACGACUUCUGUACGUGUUGGUUCUGCGAAAUUUACUCCAGAGAAGUUGGUGGAAAAUGUUGAAGCCGUUGUUCAGGGUAUGACAGAAAAGUUUGUUUCGAAGGGAUGGAGGAAUAUCAAGGCUCUACAUCUGAAGGGUGCGAAUACAAUGGCGAUGCCCAUUUGGCUUGCGAGUGAAUUAUGGGUUGAUGAAGGUGAUGUUCGAGAAGAUGAGGAUCCCAAGGCUAUUGAAGGGUCAAAGAAAACAAGCAAGAAGCGCAAAUCGACUGGGGAGCUGCAACCUAUGCAGUCGAAGAAACCAAAGACUGCCGAGAAGGAAGAGGAUGACGAUGCUGAAUUGAUCGCGUCGAGGAAAGCCAAGCUUCAAGCUCAAAAGGCUCGAGCUUUAUCAGACGGUGAUAAGGUCAAUGGGAGCAAGGCCGCCGUCGCCACCGCUCCCGAAGGGGCUACCACCUCUAGCAAAAAGAAGCGAAAGUCCGUUUCAAAGUCCUGAUGAUGGGUUUUCCUAUUUUGUGUACACAUGUUCAAGUAUUGUUGUUCUUAGAUUGAGUUCGGCGUUCUUUUGUGUAGUGCCUGCCGCCUCCAAUUUUUAGGAAAUGAUAGUUUAUCGGGCGAAGUUUCGAUACCCAUAAUAACAAAAAAGUCAUUAUCGAGCGUCAGACAUUUUCUAUGAUUAUUCGACUGCAACCAAUUUUGGUCAAGUAAUUAAUUAAUUGUA